CUGACCAAGAAACAUCCAGAGAGGAGAAAGUUAGAAGAACAAAACAUAUAAAAGAAGUACUCUGACCAGACAAGGACCCGCGGACACAUCAGUGUGGUUUUCUAACGGCGGAGGGGACGACAGGGGACGACGGAGACCCGCUGGAGAGACUGACGGAGACCCGGAGAGUGAAGGCGGACGCUGCUCUGCCGGACAGCUCUGAAGCCGGCGAGGCCCAGACGACAGUGGUGCUUCAGCAUUAUUGUUGUUUACCUCAUCUUGCAGACGCCUCUUAACGCCUUCCUCAUUUAUAAAGUUUUCACAAUGGACUCGGCGUCCAGCCCCAGGUCAGAUAAGCAGGUGUCCAAUCACAUUCCUGAGGAGCCGAGUGAAGGCGCCCUGCAGAGCCUCGUCCUCAACAACACCAAAGAAACCAAGAUGCUGAGGGGAAACCUGUGGAGCCUGCAGACCCAGGUGAACAGUCUGUGUGGAGCGGACGGACAGCUGGACAGGAUGAAGGCUGAACUGAACCUGCUCAACACAAGCACCAAAAGUCUGGGAGACAAACUGUCGGACAUCAGCCUCAAACCAGGACUUCCAGGACCUGCAGGACCUCCAGGGCUGCGUGGAGAUAAUGGGAAUCCUGGAGAGAGAGGCCUUAAAGGUGACAUGGGUGUCGUUGGACCUCAAGGACCAAAAGGUGACAUGGGACUCAACGGACAACCUGGACCGUCGGGAAAUCAAGGCCCAACCGGACCUACUGGAACACCAGGACUCAGAGGGCCUCCUGGGCUUAAAGGAGAUCCGGGGAAUCAAGGACCAGGAGCAAAAGGAGAGAAAGGAUCUGCUGGAAUACCAGGCUUGUCCGGAGCUAAAGGUGAACGAGGAGUCGCCGGUUUACCAGGUGUUGGGCGUUCGGGGCUGAAAGGAGACAAAGGCAGCAGUGGAGCUGCAGGUGCACCAGGACUUCCAGGUGCGAAAGGAUCAACUGGCUCUAGAGGCCCCCCCGGACCACAAGGAACCAAAGGACAAAAAGGAAGCAUUGAUCCGAUAAUUCGUCUGGUUCCGGGUCCGAGCCGAGGCCGAGUGGAGGUGAUGAGUCAGGGAACGUGGGGAACCGUGUGUGACGACGCCUUCGACUCUGUGGAUGGGAAGGUGGUCUGCAAGAUGCUCGGCUACCAGAGAGCCUCCAACGUCUACCCUGCCGGGGGAGGGACCGGCACUAUCUGGCUGGACGAGCUGCGCUGCACUGGAACAGAGACGAGCAUCUUCUCAUGUCCGCACGCCGGCCUCGGUGUGAACAACUGCAACCACAACGAGGACAUAGGAGUGCAGUGUGUCUAG